UAAGCUCUUGACCAAGGAGUGCACUUCACCUCAUCCUGACACAUCACUCCUCAGGAGAGAACUGUCUUAGACCUCUCCAAGCCAGAGUUUUCUUCCUUUUUGACAGAACAAGAACACCAGAUACCCUGGAAUUAAGAAAACUAUCAAGGUGAAGGACAUCUACACCAACUGGAGUUGACGCAAUCAGAUCCUUCUUUAUGGAUUGUGGGCAUGCUUUUACCAGUAAAUUAUCUGUUUGGUUUUAUUAACAACUUCUAAAUUGCUGUAAGCAUCUGGUGGAUGAUCUUUGGCUGAAGAAUCAUCACUAAAUCCUGAGUGCAAAUCACAAACUGCAGAAUUUUCCAGUUCAAGAAAAAAGGGAAAGAAACAAAUAUAAAUGACCUCUGCUUGAGCUCAAAGUUCUUUACAGUGUCUUGGGUGGACUCUAGGAUGCCAGUACUGCUGGCCAGCCUUCUGUUGCUGAUCUCCUUGCAAAGGCUGGCUGUGUCCCACCUCAUCAUGGAUAUGGCUCUGCAUUCCUUUGAUGACCAGUAUUUGGGGUGCAGAGAGCAGGUAAUGGAAGAACUGGAGCGAGGAGACUAUUUCCAAAAGGAAAUAGCUGCUAACAAGCACUAUUUGAAUCUCUGGAAGAAGGCUCAGGAGGCUGUGUUAAAGAGCCCGGUAGGUCUCCUGAGGGAAAUGCAUGAGAGCCACGCCAUAGUCCUCAUGGCUUACACCAUGAACUCUUCCCUCCACUCUCAGCUGAACCAGGCCACAUCUACAGCAGGAAGCUCUCCAGAGCACUACAGAUACAACUUCAAUUUCAAAUAUUUUCACUUUUACCUAACAACUGCUAUCCAGAUAAUGAAGCAAUGGCAGAGGAGCAAGGAAAGCAUGGGAAAACGUAAAUGCUACCAGGUGUACAGGGGUGUAAAAGACUUAUAUAUUGAGGCCACGGUAGGCAGCAGGGUGCGAUUUGGGCGUUUCACCUCCACAUCCCGCCUCUGGAAUGAAGCCCAGAAGUUUGGGAAUGAAACUUUGUUCACAGUGACCACUUGCCUAGGAGCAGAUGUGCAAGGCUUUUCUUACUACGUGUCAGAGAAGGAAGUCCUCAUUCCCCCUUACGAGAUAUUCCUUGUCAAAAGCUUCUUUCAGACACAGCACGGUAACCAGCUGCAUCUGCGUUCUGUGGGGAAUUACAGCAAGUACCACUGCCAGCUCGUGGGAGCUUCAAGAAGCAAGAACAGUGGUUCCACCGCCCUUGCCUCUGCUAUUCUUCCUAGUGUAGUUGGAGUUUUCUUGUGCUUGGCCUGCAAAGACUGAUUCUCUGGCUGUAUCCAGAUGUAUACAUUUGAAUAGCAGGCAAGAAGAAUUCACAGGAAAUCAGUCUCUGGAGUUCUUGUUUUUACAGAAGUUUCAACCUUCCAUUCCCUGGACCCAUUUGGGUAGCAAGGCAGUUACCUAUGGCCUUUCUGAAGAGUAGGGCAGUGUCAUGGUUUUAGCUGGGAUAGAGUUAAUUUUCUUCACUGCAGCUGGCAUAGUGCUCCGCUUUGGACUUAGUAUGAAAAUAAUGUUGAUUACACACCGAUGUUUUAGUUAUUGCUGGGUAGUGCUUAUACUAGUCAAGGACUUUUCUAGCUUCCCAUGGGUGCACAAGAAUCUGGGAGGGGAGGGGGCACAGCUAAGAGAGCAGAUUCAAACUGCCAAAGGGAUAUUCCAUAUCAUGUAAUGUCAUGCCCAGCAUGUUAACUGGGAGGAGCUGGCCAGAGGAGGGAGGCAGCAAUCGUAGCUUGGCGACCAGCAGCGUCGGUCGGCGGGUGGUGAGCGGUUGUAUCGUUUGUGGUUUUGUUUUUUUUCCCCCUUUUCCCUUUUCCUUUUUAGUAUUGUUGCUAUUAUCAUAAUCACUAUUAUCACUAUUCUUUUAUUUUAAUUAUUAAACUGUUCUUAUCUCAAC